GCCAUUGUUUGACAAGUUGUUGCGUAUAGCCUACUUAUUUUCCGAAAUGGGAAUUCAAUUUUUUUAAAUACAAUAAAUUAUAAAACCACGUUUUUUGUGUGUUAGUUUAAAAUAUCUUACCAUGAAACUAAAUUUAUUUUCCAAGGAAACCGUCAGUGCAGUAGUCGGUACCAGUCUAGUUUUUACUGUGAUUCUACUGUACCAGUUUCUCUCGCUCAGGAACAUGAGCUACUUCAUUUCUUCAAAAGUGAUCAAUGCCAUGCUGUACGAUGCGACUAUCGGGGAUUCGAUCGCACGACUUCACGAAAUAAUCUCGAAAGACACGGACAUGAAGCGGAUCUUAUACACUGCCACCUGCAGUAACGAAUCACAAGGUGCUUGCAUAUCAAACUGUACACGACCUUUGAACCCUGACCCCGAGACCCGGUUGCUGGACAUUCUGACGUCACCAAACCUGACGCUCUCCGAACAUCAGCGUCGUUUGAUUCUCUCCAUGGGCCAGGCCAUCCCUGAGAGUGACGUCAUCUUCGUGUCCGCCAGCUCCUCCAAUCACUACGACGAGAUGCAGGACAUGUUCUAUAGCCUGCACAAGACGGUGUAUCCUCGUGUCAACAAUUUCACCGUUGUUCUCUUCGACAUUGGUUUAACAGAGGAGCAGAGGAUCAUGACAGAAAAACACUGCCGGUGUCGAGUUGUGACUUUUCCCUAUGAAAAUUUUCCAGCCCACGUCAGAGAAUUACAUUGCUAUGCUUGGAAACCUCUGCUGAUAAGAGCUGCUUUUGAAAAAGCUAGGAGACUUCUUGUUUACCAAGACGCCUCCAUCAGAUGGACAGACCGCAUCCAACAGGUGUUAGACAGGGGGUGGGACAUUGGAGUCCAAAUCUUCCGGGUGGAUGGCAAGGUCCGGAUACCCUUGCAUACUCUCAUACAGACUUUCAACUACUUUGGGGAGGAGCCUUGUGCCUUCGACAUAUUCCCUCAGAUCCUUUCAGGCCUCUCCGUGUACAGGAAGGACAGCUUUAACAUCCGGGCAAUUAUGGAGCCAUGGGCUAGGUGUGCCAUUGAGCCACAGUGCAUGUGUCCGGUUAUCCCACCUAAAACGGUCAAGUUGUGUUCUGGCGAGUACAAGUAUCACAGAUGUCACAGAUUCGACCAGUCAGCUCUGGCGAUGAUAACUGCGAAAAUAUUUGGACCUGAUUUACACCGAGUGCUUGCCCCUAAUAUAAGUCAACUUGUAUCUAUUUGUCGUGGGUCGAAAAUGCCAAACUAUUUUAACUCAACCAAAAAUUGAACACCUUUUUUUUUUAAAAUAUCUGUUUCUUUAUUCAGUGAAUGCAUGUUCUUGGAAAUAUUCUUAGCGCUCUCCCGAUUCUAUUGAACUUAUUAAUAAAAAAUAAUAAUAAACGUUUU